ACGUGUGUUGGUACUUGGUCGGAAGCUUAAGAUGACUAAGAGGGAGUUGGAAACUCUCAUGGGGAAAGUGAGAGGUUUGAGCCUUCUAUCUCUUGGUGGUUGCUUCGAUGGUUGCUAUGACCACACUCAAGCCUAUGGAUUAGGUACAAGGAUCUGGAACUUCAGUGAUCGACCAGUGGAGCUGCAGAUAAGGGUGGGAUCAAUACUGAAGAAGGUUCACACUUUGAAGCCAGGUUCAUGUAAGAGGCUGAGAAGUAAACGCAUAUACAAGGCAUAUAUGCCUGGUAAGAAUGGAAAUGAUGGUGUGGGAUUGAAGAGCUUGCUUUAUUACUAUGAUGAAACUUGUCACCCUUAUGUUUGGAUUCAUGACAUAGGGGGUGAUUCCAUGAGGAUGGUUAAACAGCAGUAUAUUAGCCUUGAGGAUUUGAGGGAUUCUUCUGAGAUCAGGAUCUUUAGGGAUCAGCAGAGAGGUUGCAUUUCAGUUCUCAAGAGAACUAGACUAGAUUUAUGCUGAAUUUGAGUGUAAUGCUUGCUUAACUACUUCACUAGUUUAAUUUGUCAUGGGUAGGAAAAUAACAUGUUUGCGUCUUGCUUUGCUUUGUUGUGUUAUUUAUUGCAAAAUGCAAUAUAGGUCCAUGAUCAUGGUAAAUUAUUAGCUAGUGUACUGAAAACGUGAAAGAUUUUCUGUAUCCACUUCCUUGAAGAUAUAUUAAAAUCCACUCAUGAGACUUUGAUUUUGAAA